CAUAUUAUUGCGAUUUCAUUGUCGGUGUGUUUCCGUUGCCGCCGUUGUCGGUAUACGACAUGUUAGUAUUUGCUCGAGAAUGUAUUUCUCGAGUAAAUAAGUAUUACAAUGCCGAGCACUUGCUGUGUGAAAAGUUGCCAAAAUAAUAAUAAAAAAGGGUUUCAUUUGUUCAGAUUUCCUCUAAGUCGAGAAGACCAUUUAAAAAAAUGGAUCGAGGCAAUUGGACAAACAGAUUUAAAGCCAUCUAAAAAUCAUGUAAUUUGCAGCACACAUUUUACAACUGAUGAUUUUAUGGACAGACCUGGUACAAGCAGUAUUCGUUUGAAAAAUCUUGCCGUACCUUCCAUAUUUUUAAAGGCUCCAGUGACUGCUCCUGUGAUUGCAAGUACACUUGCUCCAGCGACUGCUCCUAUAUCUGAAAAUGCACUUGCUUUGGCCAUACAUUCACAAACUGUGACGUUCGAGAGUUCAGAAAAAGAAGAUAACGAAAAUAAUUUGACAGUCUCCAGCCUACUUUCAGAAAACACAGCUAGUACAAGUACUAUCGACGAUAUAAUUAAGAUGACAUUGGUAAAGAAACGGAAAUUAAUGAAUAAUUUCCAGUAUCAUUUUAAAAAUCAGGAAAUGAGUCCUAGAAAAAAGCAAAUGAAUAGAAUUAUUCAAACAUUAAAACAAAAAUUGACAAGAAAAGAAAAGAAGAUACAAUCGUUGCAGUGUUUACUGGCAGAUUUACGCUGGGGUGCGUUCAGAAUGAAAAUUUUUCAUUCGGACAAGGGUGUCCAUAGGUAAUAUGAUGUCACACACUUGGAUGUUUUCCUUCUGAAUGAACAGGACGAACAGUUUUAUUGUCUAAAGCGUAACACAAGUGGCCGAAUUUAU